AUGGAGGCUAAGUUUGAGGAGGAGAGGAGGUGCCGAAUGGAGAUCGAGGCCAAGCUGGAGCAGGAGCGGAAACUGAGGGAGGAGCAGUCGGUUAUGUUGCACAGCAUGGUCACCUGGAUGCAAGGACUUGGCGCGUCGAUGAACUAUGCGACACCGCCUCCUCCCUUCGCCUUACCAGCUCAGCCUUACUUUCCUGCAGGACCUUCUGACACUCCCAAUCAGUCGUGGAACGCAUCGAACGACCCUCCUCCGGACCAGAACUCGCCGGCGGCUCCGUGGCAAUCUUGCCCCCCACCUGACCGUGAGUGACACCUACUCGUAGCUUGUACACUAGUGGACUUGGCGCGUCGAUGGACUCUUAGCUUGUGGACAUAUUUUAUGUAUUGGACUUUAUAUAUGUGAUGGACUCGUUCUAUGUGAUGUAUUGUCUAUCGGACUUGUGAUA